AUGAAGCAGAAAUUCUGCCAAGAACCCAACCCACCCAGCAGCUCGGCAUUGCAGGUUCAACAUAAGCUGCUGCUGAAGAUGCAAACUUGCUCCUUGCCUAUGCUGAAGGCCUUGGCCAGUGCAAUAAUAUUUGCAGUCAUUCUCUGGAACCUGAAUUUCCUUGGCUACCACUCUGAGGUCCCUGGCCCAGCCCUGAGGCACAGCGAACCCCUGACAGUCCUGAUCUGGCACUGGCCCUUCCGCCACACCCCGAACCUCAGCACUGACGUUUGCGCAGACCGCUACAAGAUCAAGGGCUGCCAGCUGACGGGGGACCACAGGCUCUUUAGCCAGGCAGAUGUUGUGGUGUUCCAUCACUGGGAGCUGUGGCAGGGCAAGGUAAGACUCCCAACAGAAAGGAGGCCUGGACAAAACUGGGUGUGGGUUACCCUGGAGUCCCCCACCAACACUAAGGCACUGAGUGGCUGGAACCGAACCUUCAACUGGGUCAUGACAUACAGACAAGACUCAGACAUCUUCAUGCCAUAUGGGGAGCUUGUGCGCCAUCCAUCAGCCAGUGUGGACAUUCCAACCAAAACCGGCUUGGUGUCCUGGGUCAUCAGUAACUACCACCGGACUCAGAAGAGAGCGCAGGUCUACAGAGAGCUGUCCAGGCACCUCCAAGUGAACGUGUAUGGGAAAUCAAACAAGAAGCCACUGUGCCCAGACUGCCUCUUGCCGACCACCUCCAAGUACAAGUUCUACCUGGCCUUCGAGAACUCCAUCCACCAGGACUACAUCACCGAGAAGCUGUGGAGGAACGCGCUGCUGGCUGGCACCGUGCCGGUGGUGCUGGGGCCCCCCCGAGCCAACUACGAGAAGUUCAUCCCUGCAGAUUCAUUCAUCCACAUUGAGGACUUCGGCUCCAUGAAGGAGCUGGCCAGCUUCUUGAAGACCAUGAACUCCAGCCGCUACAGGGCAUUCUUCGAGUGGAGGAAGAGGUAUGGGGUGAAGCUCUACACAGACUGGGAAGAACGGUUCUGCACCAUCUGCGCCAGAUACCCCCGCCUGGCCCAGGGGCAAAUCUACCCUGACCUGGAGAGCUGGUUCAGUGUUUGA